AUGUCCAACGACGCCAACGCCCGCCGCAUACUCCCUCAGGCCUCUCAAUCCGCGCAGAUGAGCUCCUUCGCAUUCGCCCCCCAGCAGCAGCAGCAGCAGCAGCAGCAGCAAUACCCUCAACGGGAGACACAAAAGAACUAUGUCUUUGUUGACGAACAUAACCGCCACAAGCGCCUCAAGGUUAUGAGGGCUUGUGAGGGCUGCAGGCGGAGAAAGAUCAAGUGCGAUGCUGCCACGAACAACACCUGGCCGUGCUCGUCGUGCAUCAGGCUCAAGCUUCACUGCGUCCGUCCGAAUGGGUACGAGGGCUCGGCCGACGCCUCCGGCUCCGGCGGCUCCCUCGGCCAGUCCGAUCAGUUCCAGCAGAUGACGAUGCCACCUCAGCAGCAGGCGCAGCAGCAGGGGCAGCAGCCCAUGAUGCAGGCCGCCGCCCAGGUCCCCAAGGCCCACCGGGACAUGUAUGCGAAUCAGGGCUAUCCCGAUGCCUCGCAGGCCGCCUACCAGGCCGUCUCCUACGACCCUUCCCAGCAACCCAACCUCGGCUACCACACGCCCGUGCCGCCCCCUACCGUAUCUGUCAUGGACGCCUCCUCGUACGCCGCCCAGGCCAACGUCUUCCCGACCCCUCCUCUACAGCCCAACCAGAUCCAGGAACCCUCACCCGACGCAUACUCCACGCCGGACUCGUAUACCCAGCAGCAGGACCUGUCCGAGCUCCUCGGAAAUCUCAAGGUGGACGAGAAGGGAACGGCCCCCUACCUCCGUAACAAGGCCUCAUUCCGCCGGGAAGAGGCCCCCGCCGUCGAGGACGAGGAGGACUUCUCCGCCAUGCUACCCCCCGUCACGGCCGGCCCCGGCUCCAAGAUCCGAAUUCCGCCCGACCUGAUGCCCGCCGAGGAGGACUCCUUGAGCUAUAUCGAAGCCUUCUUCGCCUACAUCCACCCUUACGUGCCCGUGCUCAACAAGGCCACCUUCUUCCACCAGUGGUACACCAGCCGCGAGUCCAUCUCCCCCCUCAUCCUCGAGGCCAUCUUCGCCAUGGGGGGUCGCCUAUGUGACGACCCGUCCGACGGGCAGCAGUGGCUGGCCCUCGCCUCCAGACACGCCGACUCCUUCAUGGACAUUCCGCGCCUCAGCACUCUCCAGGGCCUGCUUCUUCUCCUCAAGGCCAGGGAGGCUGCCCCCAAGCGCGGAUACUACUACCGCUCCUGGAUGACGGUUGUGCAGUGCGUGCAGAUGGGCAUCGAUCUCGGCCUCGAUGAGCAUUUCGAGGAUCACGAGGCCGGUCGCGGCUGCGAUCACAACCCAGCCGACUGCCAUCUGCGAACCAGGAUAUGGAACGCCGUCUUCGUCUGCGAGGUCAUGGUCGGAGCUCCCCAAGGUCGCCACGAUCUCUCAGUGCCCAUAGACAGCGUCGACUUUAGCGUCCCCCAGCUGCUCCCCGGCGCCGAUGAGCAUGAGUACCACACCUCGCGCAACUUUGUCUACCUUGCCCGCGUCGUGCACAACGUGAGGAAGCUGGGUUCGACGUAUAUGAGGGUUCGCAAGAAGAAGGAUUGGGGCAUCGACCCGGAGGUGCAGCAGCUGAAUCGGGGCUUCGACAAUUUCCUGGCCGAGCUCCCCGCCGACCUGGCCGUCAACUUCCCGGCCGACGGUUCCCCUCCCUGGAUCCCGUCAGCCUUUGUCGGGAACAUGCACUCGUACUACCACCUCACCCUCAUCCUCUUCCACCGCCCUCAGCUCUCCUUCUUUGACCCCGGGACGAAUCCGCAGCAGUGGAAGCACCACAUGCUCGCCUGCUACGAGUCCGCAAAGGCUCUCUGCCGGCUCCAGGAGGCCGUCAUCAACAUGGAAGGCCUAGAAGGUCUCCAGUCGAUGCAGCGAGGCUACAGCUUCACCGUCUACGCAGGCCUAUCAUGCAUCGUCCUCCAUCUUAUCGCCAUUGUCUCCCCCGAUCCAGACCUAAACUCGGAUGCCAUCCAGUUCUUCACACGACACAUGAGAAUCAUGGAGAAAGUGAUGGAAGUGUGGCCCAUGCCCGAGCUGCGGCAGCAGGUCGAGGCCGUGCGUGAAGCCUUCUCAGCCGACACGCGCAGGGCCUUCGUGCUGAAGCCGAGCUUCCCGUACGGUAGCCCGCGCCUAUCCAACUCGUCCAGUCCGCCGCAGGAUCAGCCGCAGUCGUACCGACGACCUCCGAACCGCCUGUCAGUCCUCGACCAGCACAUGGCCGCUGCUCAGGCUCAUCAGAACGUUAGUUAUGCCGGACAUCCCAUCUCGCCCCCGGUCUCAACCGGCGCCAUGGACAGCAAAGGUGACUCUCCCGCCGGCCAGCCCCUUGUCAUGAUGUCCCAAGGUGGGCAAGGUCCAGGUGUCCAACAGAACAUGUCCAUAGCGGACCAUCCGGCAUGGAAUCCGUCCAAGAUUCUGGAACAAUGGAACACAACGUUCGGUACGCCACCUCCAAGUGAUACAGGAUCCUUCUCCCAGCAGGCCAGGCCACUAAACCUAUCACCAUCAGCAGGCGCUAGCGAGAUGCCCAGCAUACCAGAGUACCCCGGAGCAAACGACAGCGGUCUCGCGUCGUCGGACGCGCAAAUUUCACCGCAGCAGUACCAGACCGCCAAUAUUCCCAACUUUGUCACGCCAGCCAUGUGGCAGGAGUCGGUGGCCAGCGUGUAUGAGGGGGGACUCAAACGGGGCUGGGAUUUUGACGACGGGUCCUCGAUGAUGAAGAGACGAUGA